AUGAUAGUGACCUACAAAAGAAUAUAUCUCAAAUUACACGAGCUUUCGUUUUACGAUGACAUGAGAAAACCCUGCCCUCUCUUCUAUACACAAUCAACGUUACACCACGUCAAGAGCAAGCUACUUGCAAACACAGCACGGACACAGCCACCACAACACAAUCCCCAGCAGACGGCCCCUCGAUUACCCACCAUCCGCAUCCGCAGCUUUCGACCGCCCUACGUCCUCCGUCACGCCAUUCCCUUGGUGCCCGUUAACCGCCGCGACCCGCCCGCUCGUCAGCGUAGUGGUCUCCUCCGGGUCCCCCUCGCUAGGGUGUACGACACCGUUCAGGUCGGCAUGGCCAUUCGGACGCCCGCCAUUCACGUCCUCGUCCGCCGUCUCGUCCGCCGGCUCGUCCUCCUCCCCCGAUUGCGCGUCCAUCGUCGGGCGGGCUUCAUUACGAUAGUGCGCCUUCCUCCUCGCCGCGAAGAUCUCCUUACUCCUGGGCGAGCUUCCCCCGGACGAGAAGGCGCCCUCGUCGAUGUGGACCGAGCGGCCGCCGCUGCCAACGCUGGACGCGCCGUCCGACGACGCGCCGCGCAUCGAGUCCUCCAAUGUGCCGAAGCCGUGCAGCUCGUCGCCCGGCAUGAAGAACGGCGACUCCGGCGGACUCUGGUGCGCAGACCCCGACGUCGACGACCCCGCCUCCGACACCACGUACGGCGUCUUGGGCUCGUCGAUCUUCAUGCGUGGCCCGGCCCGCUCCAUCUCCUGCGCGUUCGAGAUGAGGUUGUCCUCGUCCCAUUGCAGGCGCGACUUCUUCUUGCUCGUCUCCGACAGCGCGCCGGCGUCCGACGGCUUGGACGCCGACGUGCCCGGUGGCGACGGCGGCGGCGGCGGUGA